AUGUUUAAUUUCGAAGAGGUCCAGCUACAGUUCCAGAUUCAGUCGCCCAUACAAAGGCUUCUUGUGAAAGGCAAUGUGCUCUAUCUGGUGCUUAUCAAUGGUUUAGUGUACCGGAUAUAUCUAGACAACCCGGAGAAGGUCGAUAAGAUACAAGUGGACUCCAAUAACGUAACCGUUGCGAACGCUUACUUGGACCCCUAUGGUUACCAUUUAGUGGUCCAGACGACUAAGAACGAGUACUUCUACUUGAACAUCCACUCUGUUCAGUUCAAAUCACUAUCCAAGCUCAAGGGACACUCCGUCUGCUCAUUUGUGUUCUUUGGUUCACAUGUCAGCAAGAAAAAUACGGGUCCACUCCUUGUGGGCACCACCACUGGUACCAUCAAUGAGUACAAAAUAGAGUUGAAUAAAGAGAGAAGCUUUAAGCAGCUAUGGAGAGGAAAAGACACAAUCACGGCCAUGUAUGCUACGCAAGACGAAAAGGACACAGUAUCACUAGUAGUUCAACUGGGCGAACGGAAGCUUGCACGAUUUCAAGGUUCUCUUGGAGACUCGUUGUUGAAGAACAAUCCUUUGCUGUUGUCUUUUGGUGUUAUUUCUGUGUUUACUGCUAAUGAGUCGACAUUUGCAUUCAUUGAACAAACAGACGACGGUGUUUCACGUUUGGUGAUUGGUGAUCUGGCCUUCCAAACUCGUAACGAACUUCAGCGAUAUGAAAUAUCUACAGCCGACUACAAAUGCCUGCUUCUCACCAAAUACCAUGUGGUUGCAUCUUCUCGAAACGAGAUGGUAAUUUUUAACCAGCUAAAUGGAGGGCAGGUUUCGCAACAACACUUGAUUUUCGAUGUAUCCGAUACGACAGCGGACUAUCGCAUGCAAACUUAUUGGGUGUAUUCUUCUUGGACUAUACACGAAUUGGUGGCAGACGAAGAACAUUCAGAUGUUUGGAAGGUGAUGAUAGAGAAAAAAAUGUAUGAUAACGCCUUACAAUUAGUCGGAAGUGACCAGCUCAAACGCGAUAUUGUGCUCAUAAAUAAGGGCUACGAAUUGCUUGAGAACGGAGAUACAGACGAGGCAGCCAGAGUUCUGGCAAACACCUCCGAGUCCUUCGAGAAAGUGGUACUGAAGUUUAUGAAAAGCCCAAGCCUGCUAGUAUAUCUGGGAGCGAAACUCGAUAAGCUACCCAAGUCAAUGUACAUGCAGCGCGUGAUGCUCACCAGCUGGAUGGUGGAGCUUUAUGUGAAGAAAAUCAACUCUGGAGAGUCUCCUGAUCUCGAAGGGUUUUUGAAGAAAUACCGAGACUCGGUCGACAAAGAAACAGUCUAUCAGAUAUUGCUUUCCCACGACAGGAAAGAAGAGCUUGUGCGGUUUUCUUCAUUGAUGGAAGAUUUCGCAUUCUUGUUGAAAUAUUACCUGAACUUACAACAAUGGGACAAAGCACUGGAAAUUUUGUCUAAGGAACAAAAACCAGAACUUAUCUAUAAAUGUGCAACAGCAUUACUUAUCAACUAUCCGGCCAAGACAGUGGACUUGUGGCUGCGUUUGGUGGAUGACUUGGAUUUCAAGAAAUUGCUUCCUGCCAUAUUGACAUACAAUAAGUCCAUAGCCCUGGGCCACGGGAUUGCUCCCAAACACAAUCAUGCGCUCCGAUUUUUGAACUUUCUCGUGAAAGAAAAACAAAAUAAAGAUAAGCUGGUGCACAAUACACUUCUCUCGUUGCUGGUCACUUAUCCUUCGGACGAUGAGAAGCUGGUAUUGAACUAUUUGGAAAGCAGGUCAAAAACUCUUUUGAACCGUGAAACAAGUUACGAGGUGCUGUUCGAUGCAGACUUUGUACUUCGAUUGUGUUUCGAGUACAGUAGAAUCAAAAGCGCCAUUUUCAUCUACUCAAUGCUAGAAGACUACGAAAGUGCAGUUUCGUUGGCCUUGAAACACGGACUGAUCGAGUCUGCUAUCCUCGUUGCAGAUAAGCCCAAUCCAUCGUUACAGCGCAAAAAUCUGUGGCUUCAGAUAUCGGCCAUACUCAUUGAAAAAACGGUUAGCAACCAGCCUGUGAGUUUGGAGCUUGGGGAGGGCAAUAAGAUUCGCAACCUGUUGAGCUACCUGAUGGAUAAAUGCGAUCUUUUGACGAUGAAAGACCUGCUCCCUCUAUUCCCUGACUUCGUGGUCAUUGACGACUUCAAAGACGAGAUAGUGCGCUCUCUGGAGUCGCUUUCAAAAGAUAUGGAGAAUUUAUCUACAGAAAUGACGGCAUCGCUAAAGCAAUCAGAGAAAAUUAGUCGCAAGAUGGAAGACUUCCAGCAAGACCGAUUCCAGAUCAUUGAGCCAAACGAGUCGUGCGGUCUUUGUGGCAAGAUUCUGGUUAUUCGGAAGUUCAUCGUAUUCCCGUGUCUACAUUCGUUCCACCAAGACUGCUUGGUGAGAGAAAUAUUGGACUCCACCGAUUUUAAAUCCAAGAAUGCUAUUUACAAGCUGCAAAAAAGGCUUUUGGCAGCAAAGGGUAACAGAUCAAUGAUGGAAGAGCUGAAACGGGAGAUAGACCAGUUAUUGUCUACUAAAUGCUGUCUGUGCAGUGACAUCAAAAUCAACAGCAUCGAAGAGCCGCUAGUCAAAAGUGCAGAUAAAGAGCAGAGCGCAUGGCUUUUGUAA